AUGUCGGGAACCAAACCCGAUGUACGAGCAGAGGCCAUCAAAGACUCGGACAUCGUAGAAGCUUAUAUGCUAGGAAUCCCAAGGGAUAUCGCCACACACAUGCUGAAUAUCGAUCUGUUUUACCCGCCGGUAUGGCAAAUGAGGAGAAAGUUCAAUGCCGCCAUCAAUGAGGCGGUCAACGAGGAGGUUGGUAAAUUACUCGCUAAUGGUUCCAUCAGAGAGUCGAAAUACCCCCAAUGGGUCAUGCUCAUCAACGCAACAGUGGGGUACGAACUGCUGAGCUUCUUGGAUGCCUACUCCGGUUAUAACCAAAUUCUAAUGGCUGAAGAGGAUCACGAAAAGACAACUUUCAUCACUCACCGAGGAACGUACUACUAUAAGGUAAUGUCAUUCGGACUCAAGAAUGCAGGGGCCACGUAUCAAAGAUUAGUUACCAAGAUGUUCAAAGAACAGCUCGGUAAGACCAUGGAGGUUUACAUCAAUGACAUACUAGUCAAGUCGACAAAGAAAAAGGAUCACAUUGGCCAUAUGAAAGAAGCCUUUAAGUUAUUAAGGCAAUACGGGAUGAAACUGAAUCCCGAAAAAUGCACCUUCGGCGUAACUUCAGGAAAGUUCCUUGGUUUCCUAGUGUCACAAAGGGGUAUCGAGGUCAACCCGGAUCAGAUCAGGGCUGUCGAUGCAAUAUCAGAGAUACUGACCAGUAAAAACCGCCUCAUAGCAUAUUUGCAAGAUGGAAUGCUCCUGCAAGAUAAGAAAGAAGCCAAAAAGCUCUGGGUCCAGGCAGCCAUAUACAACCUCGUAAAUGGUGAUCUCUACAAAAGAACAUUCGACGCCCCCCUAGCCAAGUGUCUUGGGACAAAUCAAACAAGGCGAGUACUGGAAGAAGUAUACGAAGGGCACUGCGGUGCCCACACGGGAAACCGCACCCUCGUCCGAUGCCUCAUCCACGUCAGAUACUACUGGCCCACCAUGAAAAAAGAAGUUGCGGACUACGUCAGGAGAUGUGAACAGUGUGCAUAUACUCAGAUACGUGAGCAAGAGGUCAUCGCGUUCAUAUGGAAAACCAUAAUAUGCCGUUUUGGCAUCCCCAAAGAAAUCGGCUGCGACAACAGACCUCAGUUCUUCGAAAAGAAAAUGACCGAGUUUUUCGAAAAAUGGCACAUCAAACGAAUACUCUCCACGCCAUAUCACCCCGCCGGCAAUUGUCAAGCCAAAUCCUGCAAUAAAGUAACACUAAAUAUAUUGAAAAAAAGCUUGAGGACGCUAAAGAGCUAUGGCCUGAACUACUACCGGAAGUAUUAUGGACAUACCUCACUACGCCAAAAACCAGCACCAGAUGAGACGCCAUAUUCACUGGUCUACGGGACUGAUACAGUUAUACCCGUCGAGGUCGAAGAACCUAGUUUGAGAUACUCUAACGAAAACGGACCGAGCAACGACGAAAGUAGACUACAUGAUCUGGAUGAAGUUGAAGAAUGGAGAGACAUGGCCCACAUAAGAAUGGUGGCCCAGAAGCAACAAAUAGAAAGGUACUACAACAAGAAAGCCAAAGUGCGGCCGCUCAAAGUUGGAGACUACAUCCUCAAGGCUAAAACACAAGCUGCAAAAGACCCUAAUAAGGGAAAACUAGGAACAAACUGGGACGGAUCGUACAAAAUCACGGCCACAACAAUCAAAGGAGCAUUCCAGUUAGAGACAAUGGAGGGAAAACUACUCCAAAACAACUAG